CACAGCCGCACAUUCCCACCAUGCACGUCUCGGACUCCGGAAUGGGGGCAUUACAUGCGGUCCUCCGAAGCCUUGGAAGACUGUGUAGCCUUGGAGUGAGACGAGCUUGGACGAGGUGCUGCGAACUGCAAGGGAGACAGACCACAACGAGUGAUAAGGCCUUCAUGCCCAUCUCUGGGGACUUGUUCUGACCCCUUUUCGUUUCUGGCUCCUCUCCAAAGCCUGAUCAACUUCACUGUCAACCAUGGCCAACGCAGCAAACCCCGAGAAACGGAUCACCUUUGAGGAGUACCUCGGCUGUACCGAGGCAUGCUUCGAGUGGGCGGACAGCUAUGACACCAAGGACUUUGACCGGCUGAGGAAGUGCAUCGCUCCGACCCUGAGGAUCGACUACCGUUCGUUCCUUAACAAGCUCUGGGAGGCCAUGCCGGCUGAGGAGUUCAUCAAGAUGGUGUCAGAUAAGAAGGUGAUUGGCAACCCCCUUUUGCGGACGCAGCACUUUAUGAGCGGCAUCAGCAAGUGGGAGAAGGUGUCGGACACCGAGAUUAUCGGCUACCACCAACUCCGCGUGCCUCAUCAGGUCUAUACCGACUCGAGCUGCACCAAGGUUGCUGUCACGGGCCACGCCCACAGUCACAACACCCAUUACUACAAGAAGAUCAAUGGCGUCUGGAAGUUUGCCGGUCUCAAUCCGGAUAUUCGUUGGACCGAGGGUGACUUUGACAAGGUCUUUGCUGACGGGCGUGAGGAACUGGGCGAAGUCAACUGAAGCGAUAGCACGGGCGCUGUUGUGUUAGCAGAAUUGGUAGCAAAUUCGAAUCAAGUAUAACCUAGAA